AUGAAGCUCACCACCCUCCUCGCCGUCACACUCGCAACCCUCGCCGCGUCGCAAACAAUCAACGACGUCCCCAAGUGCGCAAUCCCCUGCCUCGACGACGCGAUCAAGAGCAAGACCAGCUGCGACGUCAAGGACUACAAGUGCGUGUGCAAAAAGGAGAACUUUAGGAAGGUCCAGGGGGCAGCCACGGCCUGUGUUGUUCAGAAGUGUGGGUCGGAUGUUGCGUUGCAGCAAGUUCUUCCUGCGACUAGGAAGCUUUGUGCGGCGCAGUAA